AUGCACACCACAACUCUUUUCCUUCCACUCCUUCCACUUCUCUCCCUCUUCUUCUUCUUCUCCCAUCUCCCUCUUACCACCGCCCUAACCUCACAAAACCCCUCCUCUCCACACCGCCAAAUCCUCAAACGACAAGCAGGCUACGGCCCCGAAUACGGCGAAUGCGCGUUUGGUACCAACUGUGCGGAUGCGUGUGGAAAGGGCUGGAUCGGUUGUCCGGCGAGUACACAGUUGACGCUUUUUUGUUAUGACCCGGGGGCGGGUCAGGUGUGUUGUGAGGAUGGGAAUGGCAGUGAGUUUGUUUUCUUUGGUUUUGGGGGAGGGAAGAGGGGGGAUGAGGGGAUGGGGGAUGAGGAUGAGGAGAUGGGGAUGGGGGGAUGA